AUGGGUGGCGUUCCAAGGUUUGUGCAGGAGAAAGCGAGUUGGGAGAUGGUAAGGAUGUUCAUCAGUAUGUUUAGAAUUGUUGUCUUCUUUGGAAUGGGUCAAAUGGAAAUCGAUGACCCGAAUUGCGGAGGAAUUGUAUCUGGAUAUAAGUAUCCAGGCACUGCAUCAAAAUCACUUCCUGAAUGCUUUCGAUUCUCAUCUGCAAAUGUUCAAGAAAUGCAUAAGCCUGGGGCGAUCAUUCGCCGCAUGAAAGAGUUUCCCCCAAAGCCGCACGCACCGCACAUCAACCAACACUGCAUAGUGACUGCCAGCUGUCAAAAUCUAUGA